UAACUUCCUCUUCCGCCGGUUUGCUUGAAAUCCAUCAAGCUUCAAACGUUUUUCAUUUUUCAUUGCAGCGUUUCUUACUUCUUCUAACACACAGUAUGGCUUCAGCUUUAGAAAUGUUUGUCAACAAACUAGUGGAAAUUGUUACGGCUGAUGGAAGAGUUAUUGUGGGAACACUGAAAGGCUUUGACCAGACCAUCAACCUGAUCCUGGACGAGAGUCAUGAGCGGGUCUAUAGCAGUGGUCAAGGCGUGGAGCAGGUCAUCCUGGGACUGUAUAUCGUCAGAGGAGACAAUGUUGCUGUCAUUGGCGAGGUAGAUGAUGACACGGACAAUGGGCUGGACUUUGAGAACAUUCGUGCGGAACCUCUCAAUGCCAUCGUCCACUGACAAGAAUUAGGCUGUGCAGGAACAUUCAGAAAACCGGUGUACAGGUCUAAUGCUGCCAAUAUUUCUCUGGGGGAAAAAAUUAUAUUUUUAGGACUGGGACUCAAUGGGAGGAACAGAGAGGUGUUCUUUCUGGAAAUCUCCUGUUUGACAUGAGGCAGUCCACGAUGGAGACCAGGUUGGUCUUCAGGUUGUUGUUGAGGUAUCUGUUGACCGGCUGGACAUUUGGCAGUUAUGACAGCGGCUUGCACUCGUGUGACCCACCGUACACUCGCAGUUCACAGUAGAGACACGGUAUGGAGGCAGAACACUCAGCUUUUGUCUCAACGCUACAGUUUUACUUAUGUGCUUAAAUGUCUGAGAAUGCAUGUAUGUGUGAGUGAAGUGGUUUCAUUUUCCUCUUUUAUAGAAUAUUCAUGUGUGUAUGUAUGAAAUAGGUUCAUUUCCCUGUUGUAGGAGAAUGAAUACUAGCAUCAGUUGUAGUUGUAUAUUCAUGUGUGUGUUUGGAAAGAAUCUUCAUUUACCUGUUUUAGAAGAAUAUCAGCAUCAGUUGUAUUAUAUUCAUGUGUGUGUGGGAAGAAUGCUCAUUUUCCCAGUUUCGAAGACUACCUGCAUCAGUAGUAUUCAUUGUAUGCACCCCCUUAACUGUGAGGUCUGCUGCCUAGUUUUAUGGUUGACGAUGAUCUCAAGUCAAGGCAGGGAAGGGGUUGUAAUUCAGCAUUGAGGGAUGCUUGUGGACAUAUCCAAAGCUGUGGUUUUAAAAAGCUAAGUCCCUGUGAGAGUGCAUGCUACCAUUUACAUAGCCAUUCACUUAGGAGUGGAGGCAGGUUCAGCAGGGGUACCCUGGGGUGUAGGUAUUGUGCGUUUUUGUAUUCUUUACGCCUUUAUGACUCUCUCAGUCAGUGCAACAUUGUAUGCAUGUUGUGGUUUGAGUGUUCACUUGAUAGUUUUUACUGUGCAAUUUUUUUUAAAUCUCAAGAGAAUGUAUGCCAGCCUUAUUUUGUUUGUGGACUAGUGUGAAUGUGAGUGAAUGUGAGGGAUACAAGAUAUAAAAGUGGCCUCAUGUGUUUUAAAGCAUUCUUGUAAAUUACACCCCAUUUUCACAUUGAUAACUUCUCCUUGACUUAUGCACAUCUUAAAAGGUAGGGGGGUUGAAGUAUUUUAUUUGUGUUGAAAGCAAAAUCACUUCUCCGACAACCAUUGUGUGCUAGGAACGUGGUUUUUUAAAAAAUGGAAGUUGCAUGUAGUGAUGGGAACUGACAAAGAGGGGAUGAGAACAACUGUGGAACAAUUUUUUACUCACUUGAUGAGUUUACGAGUUCAAAUCCAAACAAUAUCUUUGUAUCUUAGUUUCCAACAGAUAUUUUUCUUUUCAGCCCAGUGUCUUGUAAUGAGACCUGGUUUUUGUUUUCAAAGUGUGUCAUACUGAUUUAGAAUAGCUGGAUUGUUGCUUUCAAAAAGAAAUAAUAAGAGGUGCGGAAUUUUGAAAGUUGAGGGAUCGGGGGAGGGGGGGGAGUUCGUUCUCAACUGCUGGGGUUGUCUGAUUCACCUCUGUGUCUCGUCUGCUGAUGCUGUUGUGACUUUGUCACAGAUUUGGAAGGUUGAUUUCCUCCAUAAGCAACUGUUUUCACUUAACAAGUUUGUACCAAGCAGCACUGUAUCAUCAGAAUUCUUGAUUUCUGCUUUCACUGUAUGCUGAUUAAUUGUAGUGCAAAUAGCCUACAUUACCUAAAUAGUAAUAGCUUUGCAAUGGGGAAAUGUUUGUACUUACUCCUUUCACUCAUUAUUAGUGCGUAUAAAUGGCACUGGAUUUUUGGUAUGUUCUAUGAAGUGAGACAUCAUUUUCCCAAAGGCAAUGUACUGAAAAACAGUUUGAAGCUGGUUUUCAGUGUGUAAGCUUGUAAAUAUAGCCAUAGUUUAAGGUGGAUGAAAGUCUACCCUUACUGUGACUUAUUGUCACAUGUAAGGCGGGGUUUCAUUCAAAGAUUCAAACCCAUGUAUAGGCCGUUGAACCAACUCAUGAGGUUCAAGAAAACAACCUGUGCUUUUGUGGCUGCAGUGUCACUGACUGGGAGGAAUGGGUUUUGGUAGACCUACCUUAGGCACAGUUCUCACUCUCUUUCUGCAGACGCUGUUUGAUCUCAGUUAUUUGCCUAACUUUGACUUUGACUACUAUCCUUUAUUUCCUUUGCAUUAGUUCACUUUGACACUAUUUCAAUAAAUUUUAUUCAUGGCGACAGUUUAGUUGUUUUAGAAACAUUUUGAUAGUAUUUUAGCUGUAGGCCUACUUGUAUAUUGAAACAAAGCUGCUUUGAAAGAUCUCAAGUGCCAGCAGAUGAACUAUGAACAGUGAAACUCAAAAGAAGUUAACAUUAAUAUCAGGCCUAGUUUGUUGGUAUUUUUUUCCCAUGGAGCGCAGCUUGUCCAUUAAUGUUGCAAUCUUCAUAGUAAAAUCAAGUUGGUGCCUCUAUCUGAUACAGCCAUUCAUCUAGAAUUGUUUGGAGAGUUUGAUUAUGUUUUACUUGUUUUUAUGCAAAAGUUUUAUGUGUAAAUUUGUUUCAUUUUAUUACUGGCUGUGUUCAUUAAUAAAAUAAAACUUGGACCUAAUUCACAAACAGA